UCCUAUGAAAUAACAUUUUUUUUUAAAAAAACUCGAGACCGCAGUCGUCAUUUCCUCUCACUCAGUGCCAGCCCCGCGGACGUCUCCGUCCCAGUUCCCACCCUCUCUCGAUCUCUCUCUCUGUCUGUGACUCUGUCUCCAUGUCUCCCUUUCCUUCAGCAGCCCACUGACGACUCCCACACCUAAGACUCAAUCUCGUCAACGACGGCUACGGGUGACAAGCUUCAAGCUCCCACAGGAUGUCGGCUGUCAACCCUUUAAAGAAACUAGCAAAAUGUGUUCUCCUUGAUUUGGAUGGUACACUUCUAAAUACAGACGGCAUUGUGAGUGAGGUUUUGAGAAUUUUUCUGGUUAAGUAUGGAAAGCAAUGGGAUGGUAGGGAGGCUAAGAAAAUAGUUGGAAAGACACCUUUUGAAUCUGCUGUUGCCAUUGUUGAAGAUUAUGAGCUUCCUUGUUCAGCAACUGAAUUAAUUUCUGAUAUCACACCUAUGUUCUCCAAUCACUGGUGCAAUAUUAAAGCUCUUCCUGGUGCGGAUAGGUUGAUUAAACAUCUGAGAAGUCAUGAAGUGCCAUUGGCAUUGGCUUCAAACUCUCCAAGAGAGAGCAUAGAAACUAAAAUUUCCUUUCAUCAUGGUUGGAAGGAAUCCUUUUCUGUCAUCAUUGGUGGUGAUGAAGUGAGUGCAGGGAAGCCUUCCCCUGAAAUGUAUCUUGAAGCAGCUAAACGGCUAAAUGCUGAACCUUCCGGCUGCCUUGUCAUUGAAGAUUCUCUACCAGGUGUCACAGCUGGUAAGGCUGCUGGAAUGGAAGUGGUGGUUGUACCCUCCCUUCCAAAGCAAUCCAACUCUUUUACUGCAGCGGAUGAGGUGAUCAAUUCCUUACUUGAUUUUCGACCUGAAAAGUGGGGCCUCCCUCCAUUCCAAGAUUGGGUAGAAGAUACUUUGCCGUUGACACCUUGGCACAUUGGUGGUCCUGUAAUCAAGGGUUUCGGGCGUGGCUCAAAAGUGCUUGGAAUCCCUACUGCUAAUUUAUCCACAGAUGGAUGUGCAGCUCUCGUAUCAGAACAUCCUGCAGGGGUAUAUUUUGGUUGGGCUGGAUUAUCAGAUCGUCGUAUGGUUUACAAAAUGGUCAUGAGUAUUGGUUGGAAUCCAUAUUUCAACAACACUGAAAAGACUAUUGAGCCAUGGUUGCUACAUGACUUUGAUGAAGAUUUUUACGGCGAGGAUUUGCGACUUGUUAUAGUUGGCUACAUUCGUCCCGAGGCAAACUUUUCAACCCUCGACAGCUUGAUAGCAAAGAUUCACGAGGACAGGAAAAUUGCAGAAAGAGCUCUUGAUCUUCCAUUGUACUCAAAAUUCAAGGAUGACCCAUACUUGAUAAGUUCAGAGGCCUGAACUACAUACUCAUCAAUUUAGAACUUAAAAGGUCUCAUCACCCAAAUAAUAGUUGAUCUAGUCUCAUCUCAAUUUCCAUCCCCACUCACCAUUGGUUGUUAAAAGCAAACUAUUUAUUCUACAAUGAUAUGCAUUUUUCUUUAUUUUCAGAAAAAUAAUUCUUCCCUUGGAAAAUAACAUUCUAUACGAAACAUCCUUAUAAGAAUAAUAAGAUUUAUUUUAGCGGAAAAGAAUAAAAA